AUGUCUGCUAUCAAGGACAAGACCGAUAAUGACGCUCAGCACGCAGAGCAUGUCGAGUCUUCCGACCCGAACUCAGGAAAGAUAACCUGGGGCGAACUAUGGGAGCACAAGCGUGUCCUAGCGUGGUGUCUGUUUAUCUUCCUCCUGCCCAUCAACUUCGGCUACGAAAACAGCACCGUCGGGAACUUGCUCGCCGUCGAAUCCUUUCUCGAUCAAUUCGGAGUUGAAACGAGUUCCGGUAUCCGCGAGAUAAGAGCUGUCGACCAGCAGAUCUUGAAUGCAGCAACAACAGUCGGUCUAUUUUGCUCAGCCUUUGCUACAGGCUUCAUCUCGGAUAUCAUGGGGCGGAAGAAAACGAUCAUCAUCGGUUGCCUGCUCUGCGUUGCUGGUAUCAUCACGCAAUACUUUAGUGAGACGAUCAUGCAACUCUUUGGUGGUAAGCUGCUGGGAGCAUUUGGGUUUGGAUUGGGACACUCUCUUGGACCGGUGUUCGUCGCGGAAUUGGCACCCGUCAAAGUUCGUGGAUUGUGUCUUGCGUUGGUGAACACAAUGAUCGUCCUCGGCCAAUGGCUCAACUCCGCCGCCGUCCUCGGCUCCUCAGACCGAACCGACAGUCUCGGCUGGCGGAUCCCCAUCAUCACCCAACUCAUUCCACCCUGCCUGCUGUUGAUCGGCCUCCCUUUCCUCCCCGAGUCCCCCUCCUGGCUCAUCAUGAAAGGCCGCCCUGAAGAAGCCGCCGCGUCCUUCCGCCGCUUCAACGGCCCCAGAUUCGACGUACAGGGCGCCAUGGCCGUAACUGUCGCCGCUGUAGCACAGGAGCAAGAACUCGCGAGGACGGGAUCCGCGUGGCUGGAUUGCUUCAAGGGAAGCGACGGGCGGAGGACACUCAUCGUCUGCAUGGUGUACAUUGCGCAGCAGUUUGUCGGGGUUAACUUUGUGUCCGGGUACCUCACUUAUUACUUCAAACUGGCCGGCGUUAAUGACGCGAUUGCGCUUGCCCAGGCGGCGUUUGCGAUUCAGCUCUUCGGAAAUAUCUGCUCGUGGCCGUUGGUCGAUCGACUGGGUCGUCGACCCCUAAUCGUCGGCGGAAUGUUCAUAAUGACAGCAGGCCUCCUGCUAAUCGGCCUAAUCAGCAUAAGCACCACCCCCUCCGCGCUAAAAGCCACGGUCGCAUUCAUGACGGUCUGGGGCUUCCUAUACCAAGCAACACUGGGCGCCGUCUCAUAUGCGGUGGGAGGCGAAACGCCGAGUCCGCUACUAAGGCAGAAAACCUACUCGAUCAACAUCAUGUCCGCGACGGCGGUCUCGUGCGCCGUGCUGCAGAUCAUGCCGUAUCUGCUCAAUACGGAGGAGGCGGAUCUCGGCGGGAAGAUCUGUUUCAUUUUCUUUGGCCUGAGUUUGCCCAUGUGUGUUUAUUUGUUCUUUUGCUUGCCGGAGCUCAAGGGGAGGACUGUUGUGGAGAUUCAGGAGAUGUUUCAGGCGGGGUUGCCGGCGAGGAAGUUCCGGACGUAUGUGUCGCAGGUCGGUGCGGGCCUCGAGUUGGACAAGGUCAAGGCCACGGAAAUCGAGUGUUAA